UCUUGGUUUUUUUGGAGCAAAGAUCUCGCCUUUCUAACAGAAACCCUAGCUGGCGGAUCCGGCCGCGUCCAUCGCCGUUGCUAGAUCUCACCGCACGGCUCUUCGUUUGAGUCUUGCUGAACUCCUUGGGGAUCUCCUCUCAGUUUGUCUAAGCAGUGAAACACUUCCGAUCCUCGUUCUUCCUACAGAAAUCAAUCAACUUUCUCUCCUUCCAAUACGAUAAUGUCUCUCCACCAGCGCCAACAGCAGCAGCAGCAUCUCAUCGAUCCCUCCCCGCUGUCCACCGCCGACGCGCAGCACAAGCGAGCCACUCCUCUCUUCAGCCGCACUGGCCUCCUCAUCCUCCUCUCCCUCAUCCUCGUCCUCGGCGUCGUUUUCCCCUGGAUCCGAUCCACGGACUCUCUCUUCUCCUCAAGCCCUAAAGGAUCUCUCGCCAAAUGGCGAUCCUACACGCUCUCGCAAGCCGCGGCGUUUGUGGGCAAGAAUGGCACCGUCGUAGUCUGCGCCGUGAGCGAACCCUAUAUCCCGUUCUUGAACAAUUGGCUCAUUAGCGUUUCGAGACAGAAGCAUCAGGAUAAGGUUCUGGUCAUUGCUGAGGACUAUGCUACUCUCUACAAGGUCAAUGAGAGAUGGCCUGGGCAUGCUGUGCUUGUACCUCCUGCUCCUGAUACCCAGAGUGCCCAUAAAUUUGGCUCCCAGGGGUUCUUUAACUUUACGUCACGCAGGCCUCGGCACCUGCUUCAUAUGUUGGAGCUUGGUUACAAUGUGAUGUACAAUGAUGUGGAUAUGGUCUGGUUAGCUGAUCCUUUUUCCUAUCUUGAGGGGAAUCAUGAUGUCUAUUUUACCGAUGAUAUGGCUGCUGUGAAGGCUCUUGAUCAUCCUCAUGAUUUGCCACCUCCAGGAAAAAAAGGUAGAACUUAUAUUUGUAGUUGCAUGAUUUUCCUCCGUCCAACAGUUGGAGCAAAAGAUGUCAUGAGAAAUUGGAUUGAAGAACUCCAAGCUCAACCAUGGUCUAAAAAGGCCAAGUCCAAUGACCAGCCUGCCUUUAAUUGGGCCUUGAAUAAAACUGCUGGCCAGGUUUAGUUACGACCUUCUCUGUAUAUUUUGAUAUCUGAUGAUUAUCAUGAAUUAAAUUUAUUUUUUAAGUUAAGCUUCCAUAAUCUAGGGAUCUGAGAAAUUGUUAGUUGAAACUAUAUGGUUAUGAUCAGCUUUAAUAUGUUAAAUUGUGUUGUCAACCCUUUAUAUCUGGCACCUAUAUACCUGUAUCUUUCACUGCCAAAUUACAUUGUUGUCACAAAACUACUGAAUUAUACAUUCUAUGCAUAACCUUGGCUUUCAAAGGUCAUUCUAGGUGAUUAUAUCAAUUUUGUUCCUAGCAAAUGUUUUCGUCAGUUUGAGUCUCCAAAUUUCUCAAUGGCAUGAUGUUAUCAUGCUUGUAAAUUUUGUAAUUGUUCAUCAUCCCACUUGGUUAUUAUGCCUAGUGAAUAUAGUUCUAGCAAGUUUCAAAGGGACCUUGUUGUUCAAUAAACUGUUUUUAUGGUGCACACAAUAGUGGAAUUCAAAUUAACUCUGUACGGAUACCAAAGAAAUUUAUUUCAGUUUUUUUUUAUAUAUAUUUUUUUUAUCUUUUUGGGAUUGCCCAACUGUGCAACACGUUGACUUGUUCUGAGUAGUGUAAGCUUACACCUUUUGUUUAUACCCACUGAAUUUGUUUUUUAUUAUUUAAAUAACUAAAAUGGGUUAGAACCAAAUAUGUUACGUGGAGCUUUAAGCCUUGAGUUAAAUCUCUCUGCAUUUUCAUUCUUCAUUUUUGGUAUAUUUUAUCUAUCAAGCAGCACUUCAAAGGAUAUUUUAGAACAUUAAGUGGAAUAGAAAAAUUUUAUGGAUAGUCUCUGAAAGCAACUCAGCAAAAAAUUAAAUAGUUAAGUUUGAAAUUUCACGGGUCAACUUUGCUGUCUGUGAAAGGUUUGUGAAACUGUUUCUGACUAUAUGUCUUACUUAUAGCUCAAUGAAAUGCAGAAUUCCUUGAAAUUUUUUUCGAUACCUUCCUGCUCAUUUGUGGUGAUUAAAUGGCAGCAUCCAAGUUCUCAUGUUGAAGCUAUUAAUGCUGCUUGGUAUAUGUAGCAGAUAAGCUAGGCAUAAUAAAGCAUAAGUGAAAUUUAGGCUAUUUAGCUGUUGCCAUGCUACUCUCAAUUGUGUUCUGGACUUCAAUUAAACAACUUAGCUACAUCCACAUAACCUCUAUGGUGUUUUUGGAUUGCUAAAGCUUUUAGAGCCACCAUUUUUUAGAAAAUUUUGAAAUUUGGGUUCGCAAGAUAUUGGUUCCAAAGGCGUGUAGUACAUUAAAUGUUUCAAAAUGUUCUAUGUUGCACAGUUUAUUUUGGCGCUUAUUUUGGGGCACUGUUUUGGCGCUUAUUAAGUCAGGUAUACGCUUAUUUUGGCACUGUUGCACAGUUUAUUUGAACUAGGAAUAGAAAUUCUAGGUUCUCUCUUCUUAAAUGAGAGGUUGGUUGAAGACCUUUUUUGUUAUUUUAUUCCAAAAGGUUGUUAUCAGUUGGGCUUAUGUUUAAAAAUUUCUCUUCUAUCAGUAGUUUGAAAGAAUAUUAUUUGUUGACUAGUAUGAUGGCAUUAAUAAUGCUC